AAUCUAAGGUCGAGGAUCGGCCAGUCUAUCAUCACCUGCUUUGCGUUCAUCUUUUUGUGGAGGUCUUGGAAUUCCUCGAGCCACGUCCAGACAUCCCAGUGGAAAAUGGCUCACGGUUUGAUGAAGUGGAGUGUGUUCCGGAGUGUGGCCCGCUCAAACUGGGCCCAGGGGUCGAACGCCCGUCAUCUCAGCAUUUCCAGCCCGCAGACUGCGGCCUUGACCGUGAGAGACGCCUUGAAUGCGGCUCUGGAUGAGGAGCUGGAACGGGAUGAGCGCGUUUUCCUCAUGGGAGAAGAAGUGGCUCAAUACGAUGGAGCUUACAAGGUGUCUCGUGGUUUGUGGAAGAAAUACUCAGACUCCAGGAUUUAUGACACGCCCAUCACAGAAGCUGGGUUCACGGGUUUGGCCGUGGGUGCGGCCUUUCACGGUCUCCGACCCGUGGUCGAGUUCAUGACCUUCAACUUCUCCAUGCAAGCCAUUGAUCAAGUCAUCAAUUCUGCCGCCAAAACCUUCUACAUGUCGGGUGGCAAAGUCAAUGUGCCCAUUGUGUUCCGCGGACCCAAUGGCGCUGCCAUGGGCGUGGCUGCCCAACAUUCUCAAUGCUUCGCCGCAUGGUAUGCCAACUGUCCGGGGUUGAAGGUUAUCAGUCCGUACGAUUCCGAAGAUUGUAAAGGUCUUCUCAAGGCCGCCAUUCGGGAUCCAGAUCCGAUUGUGUUCUUGGAGAAUGAACUCCUGUACGGCACGUCCUUUGAUGUGAACGACAAGGUCAUGGAAAAGGAUUUCGUCUCGCCCAUUGGCAAGGCCAAGAUCCAGAAAGAGGGCAAGGAUAUUACUUUAGUGGCUCAUUCGAUUGGAGUGCACUUUGCCAUGGGUGCGGCCGAAGCUUUAGCCAAAGAAGGAAUCAGUGCUGAGGUAGUCAACUUGCGCUCCAUCCGGCCACUCGAUAUUGAUACAGUCAACGACAGCAUCAAGAAGACCAACCAUCUUCUCAGCGUUGAAGGAGGUUGGCCCCAACAUGGGGUGGGCGCUGAAGUCCUGUCUCAAGUCAUGGAGGGACCCGCAUUCCAUUACCUUGAUGCACCGGCUGUUCGUUGCUCGGGGGCGGAUGUACCCAUGCCUUAUGCCAAGAGUUGUGAGUACAAUGCCACACCUCAAAUCGAGGUGGUGGUGAGGGCUGUGAAGAAGCUCCUUAACCGAUGAAGUCGUGACUUGAGAUCCUCACUUGCUUCCUCCUUGGCAUACUCGACAAUGCACUGGUGAUUUAUCUCGUGGCAACCUCAAUAACCAACCAACCAAUCGCCCGUGACGUGCUUAAUAAAGCAUGUUUCUGUGGUGACACAACAACCAUAAACUGAAUAUAGAAAGUGUGACCUCAAAAAACCCGCUAAUUGUUACAACUCUCGCGGAUGGUCAAACAGAUGUUAUUAAAAUCUCCAACUUUA